GGGAGGGAGCUUCCCUCAUCGCUUCCCCGUGUCCCGCAGACGAGCCAGGAGACUGUGACGAGUUCUGGGUGCACAGAGCCAGCACCGGAUUCCUGGCAUCGGCGGGACAGCUGGGAGCCAUCGCCCGCCUCCUCCCUGCUCAGCCCCGCUCACGUCCCGCCGUCCCCAGGGCCGCUGCUGUGCUGCAGCGGGCACCGUGCAGCGACGCUGGCACAGCCACAAAGACCCCAACCCUUCCCUGCCCUCCACGUCGCUGGAUCCCCGGCCAGCGAGGACGUCGGGAGACAGGAGAGGGGACAGGGCUCGCAGCUCCCGCUUGCCCAUGCCGCCGCCUAUAAAGCGGAGCCGGAGCCGGCAGCCGGGCAGAGGCGGCGGCAGCGCCCGGCAGCGCCCGGCCCCCCCUCCCCGCCGCCGCCUCCGGUCCCGGUCCGCCCGCCCCGGCCGGCCGGCACCAUGCGCGCCGCUGCGCUGUUGCUGCUCGCCCUGCUCCCGCUCCGGCCCCUGCCCGGCCGCGCCGCCCGCCCCAAGCUCGCCCUGCCCAUCCGGCCCGACACGGAUCCGCUGCCCCCCGGCGGGGCGGCAGGCUGCGCCUUCGGGGGGCAUUUCUAUGCCCUGGAGGAGACGUGGCACCCGGACCUGGGGGAGCCCUUCGGGGUGAUGCGCUGCGUUAUCUGUCACUGUGAGCCGAGGAACCACCGGGGGAAGCCCGUGGGGAAAGUGAACUGCAAGAACAUGAAGCAGGAUUGCCCCGUGCCUGCCUGUCCCCGGGCCACGCUGCUGCCUGGGCACUGCUGCCACACCUGCCCCAAAGGCCCCCCAGAGAAGAGCCCUGCACCCCGCUUUGACACCUUCGAGUACUUCCAGGACAAGGAGGAUGACUUGGACAAGCCCUACAAUGACCGCUCCUACCUCAGCUCUGAGGGCCUGGCUCGCGACGAUGCCCGCACAGAGUUUGUGGCCUUGCUGACGAGUGGCCCAGAGCCAUGGCGCCCCACGUCCAGCGCAGUGGCCAAGGCUCGCUUCACCCUGCUGCGCUCUUCCCUGCUCUUCUCCAUCAGCUACGAGCGGCUGGGGCGGCCGAGCCGGGUGCGUUUCAGUGACCCCGAGGGUAACGUGCUGUUUGAACACCCCGUGCAGAAGAGCGCUGCCCCUGAGGACGGCAUGCUCUGCGGGAUGUGGAGGACGGUGUCCAAAGCCAAUGUCCAGCUCCUGCGGGGGGAACAACUCCGUGUAUCCCUCAUCACCCGGGCACAGCCGUCUGGAGAGGUCCACGGGCACAUCCUCAAGCACCGGGCACUCUUCGCAGAGACGUUCGGUGCCAUCCUGACCUCGUUGGACCCCUUGCACUUGGGUGCUGGGGGCAUGGCCAUGCUGACACUGAGCGACACGGAGAACAACCUGCACUUCAUCCUCAUGGCCCGGGGACUGCUGGAGCCUGGAGCAAGGGAAUCCCCCUGGGUCCCACUGAGGGUCCGCAUCCUGCACCAGGGCCAGACAUUACGGGAGGUCCACACCAACAUCACUGUGGAGGACCCCGACUUCGCAGAGGUGCUGAGUGACCUGUCUGCCCAGGAGCUGCAGUUGCUGGUGCAGGGGCAGCUCCGCAUUGCGGCUGAGACGGAGGGCCGGCACGCACGGCAGCUGGCUGGCACCAUCACCACCCGCCGCAGCUGUGACACCAUCCAAAGUGUGCUGUGCGGAGCGGAUGCUUUGCUGCCGACCAAAACUGGGGCUGUGGGCUCAGCCAAACUGGCACUGCAUGAGAAUGGCACCCUGGAGUACCAGGUGCAGGUAGUGGGCACUGCCAGCGAGGUUGUGGGCAUCACACUGGAGACCAAGCCCCGGCGGAAAAGCAAGAGGAACAUCCUGUUUGACAUAACACCCAGCUACAAGGAUGGGCUGUGGCAGGCCUGGGGUGCCUGGCAGAGCCCCAGCGCCCGCGAUGCCCACAUGCUUCUACAAAAUGAGCUCUUCCUCAAUGUGGCCACCAAGGAUUGGGCGGAGGGUGAGCUGCGGGGCCAAAUCAUCUCCCUGCCCUACAGUGGGCUGCUCGCCCGCUACACAGAGAUGCCCGUGGCAUUGGCAGGGCAGCUGGUGUCCCCCCCAGUGCACAGUGGCGCUGGUGGGCACGCCUGGCUCUCGCUGGAUGAGCACUGCCACCUGCACUAUGAGAUCUCGGUGGCGGGGCUGGGACGGCCAAGCGACAGCACUGUCAGUGCCCACAUCCAUGGGGUGGCCGAGCUGGGGGAGAUGGGCACCCGCCCCCACCAGCACAAGCGCCUGCUCAAGGGUUUCUACAGCACUGAGGCUCAGGGGGUGGUGAAGGACCUGGACGCUGACCUGCUGCAGCACCUGGCCCAGGGCACUGCUUUCCUGCAAGUCAGCACCAAAGCACACCCCAAUGGGGAGAUGCGGGGACGGGUGCACAUUCCCAACCAGUGCCAUGCAGGAGGGACCCGCCUGGCCCCGGGGGAGUCCCUGGGGCAGGCUGAGGUCUCCGAGAGCACCAAGACCAGGGACCUGGAGCAGCUGAAGAAAGACCCCAACUCCUGUUUCUUUGAGGGUCAGCACCGGGCACAUGGCACCCGCUGGGCACCUGACUACGACAAGAAAUGCUCCAUCUGCAGCUGCCAGAAGCGCACAGUGAUCUGCGACCCCAUCUUGUGCCAGCCCCUCAACUGUACCCACCAGGUGCACCCAGAAGAGCUGUGCUGCCCCAUCUGUGAAGAGAAGAAGACAGAGCAGGAAGAGCUGAAGCUGGAGCGGGCACGGGACAGUAGCGAGGGCUGCUACUUUGAUGGCGACAAGACAUGGCGAGGCUCCGGCACUCGCUGGCACCCUGUCGUGCCCCCCUUUGGCCUCAUCAAAUGUGCCAUUUGUACCUGCAAGGGCACCACAGGUGAAGUGCAUUGUGAGAAGGUGCAGUGCCCACGGCUCACCUGUGCCAACCCUGUGCGCGCCAGCCCCUCUGACUGCUGCAAGCAGUGCCCAGCCCCAGAGAAGAGCGCCCUGGAGCUGGCUGACUCCAUGCAGGCGGAUGCGCCGCGGGCGUGCCGCUUCGGGCGCCGCUGGUACCUCAACAACGAGAGCUGGCACCCCUCUGUGCCGCCCUUUGGAGAAAUGAAGUGUAUCCUGUGCUGGUGUGUGUCGGGGGAGACGCACUGCCAGCGCCAGGAGUGCCCCCCAUCUGCCUGCGCUAGCCCUGCCACGAGGGACAACCCCUGCUGUGCCAAGUGCCGUGCCCUGGAUGCCCCCUCAGAUGCACGGGAGAAGGUCCAUGAUGCCAAGGUGGAGUCACGGAGCCACUGAGCAGUCACUGCUGCCCGGAGCAGGGCAAGCACUCAGCGCUUGCAUGGGGGGGCCCCACUACCUAUUGCCCCUGCCCGUGCAGGGCGGGGGGCACAGAGGAGCACAGUGGGGUGCACGUGGCCAAGCCCCCAGCCUGGGCACCCCAUCUCAGCACAACUGCAAUGCCAGGACUGCCCUACCCGCUCAUGCCAGUGGGCAGUGGCCGGGCGCAUGGAGGUUGGGGCACCUGCUGCCCUGCCCCUCAAGCCCUCCUGGCCAGCGGGCAUCAUGCCCAUGUUGUACAUAGUGUAAAGUCCCUCUCUCCCCUGUUUGCUGCACCCACCCUGUCUCGGCCGGGUUUCUCACAUAAUUUAUGGUGGCAGUGGAUGGGGGUCAAGAUGUAUUUAUUAAAACCAGAGCUAUUGCCCA